CGCCGACUCCCACACGCAUGCCGCUGCUGCAGCUCCUCAACUACAUCGACGGCCGGCCUGUGGCGAGCAGGUCAACGGCACGGACAGAGGUCGUCGAUCCUGCCACGGGCGAGGCCUAUGCAUCCGCACCCGACUCGGGAGAGGCCGAUGUCGACGCCGCGAUGACGGCUGCCCUGGCCGCCUUCAACUCCUUCAAGCGCACGACGCCCUCGCAGCGUCAAGGGUUCCUCCUCAAGAUCGCGAGCGCCAUCGAGGCGCACGCCGACGAGCUCGCAAGGCUGGAGUGCAAGAACUGCGGCAAGCCCUUCCUGCUCACGCUAGACGAGGAGAUCGCCGCCGCCGUCGAUCAGAUCCGCUUCUUCGCCGGCGCGGCGCGCCAGCUCGAGGGCAGGGCUGCGGGCGAGUACAUGGAGGGACUGCUCUCGAUGAUUGUGCGAGAGCCGGUCGGCGUCUGUGCCGCCGUGACGCCGUGGAACUACCCGCUGAUGAUGGCGGUGUGGAAGUGGGCGCCGGCGCUGGCGGCGGGCAACACGGUCGUGCUCAAGCCGUCCGACACGACGCCCGUCUCGACGCUGCGGAUGGCCGAGCUGAUGGGAGCCAUCCUGCCGAGUGGCGUCUUCAACGUCGUCUGCGGGCGGCGCGAGACAGGCAGGCUGCUGGUCGAGCACGCCGUCCCGUCCCUCGUCUCGAUCACCGGCUCAGUGCGCGCGGGGCGUGAGGUUGCGGCGAGCGCGGCGCCGCUCCUCAAGCGAGUUCACCUCGAGCUCGGCGGCAAGGCGCCCGUCGUCGUCUUUGCCGACGCCGACCUCGAGACCGCCGCGGCCGACAUCGCCGUCGCCGCCUACUUCAACGCGGGGCAGGACUGCACCGCGGCGACGCGAGUCGUGGUCGAGGCGGCGGCGUAUGAGACGAUGGUGGCCCUCCUCGCGCGGGAGGCGGAGCAGAACACCAAGCUCGGCUCCGCGACGACGAUGGACUCUGAGGGCGUGCUGGUCGGGCCUCUCAACAGCAGGGCUCUCGGCUGCGCGCAGCUCGCCGGCCCAGCGCAGCUCGAGCGAGUCAAGGGCUUCUUCGACCGGCUGCCGCCCCACGCGCGCGUCGUCGCGGGCGGCCGGCCCGCCGGCGGCAGGGGCUUCUUCUUCGAGCCGAGCGUGGUCGCCGGCUUGCGGCAGGAGGACGAGAUGGUGCAGGAGGAAAUCUUCGGGCCCGUCAUCACCGUGCAGCCCUUCGCCGACGAGGCGGCCGCGGUUGCGAUGGCGAACGGCGUGCAGUACGGGCUCGCGUCUUCGGUGUGGACGAACGACCACGCGCGCGCGCUGCGCUGCUGCCGCGCCUUCGACUUCGGGACGGUGUGGGUCAACACUCACAUCCCGCUCGUCGCUGAGAUGCCGCAUGGCGGGUUCAAGCAGAGCGGCGGCGGCAAGGACUUGAGCGCGUACGGUUUCGAGGAGUACACGCGGGUGAAGCACGUCAUGUCCAAACUGUGAGGCCUCGGUGAGCCUUUUUGUGGGGGCGCUCGGAGCUCUC